AUGGCGCGGGAGGAGGUGGCGGGACUGGUGCUGGAGUGGCUGCGGCGGGAGAACCUGCUCGACACGGCCGCAACGCUGUCCCGUGAGGCUGCUACCCUCCUUGACCGCCUCACAAAACCAGAGAACCGGCGGGUGAGGGAUCUCACAGCGCUGCUCAACGCUCACGUGCUGCUGCUUCAAAAGAAGAAACAGAAGCGCGACCUCAAGCAGAGCUUCCUUCUCCGCUACCCCGAAAUCUUGCCAAAGACAUUCCACGCAUUCCUGAGGAUGCUGGAUGACUACCAGCUCAUGACCUCGUCGGUGGCCACCACUACCACCACCAGCACCACUGCCACCUUCCCUCACGCCGCCUCUCUGUCGCCGUUGUCGUCGCCGCUCUCGCCGCCCGGCAGCGUUCCGCGCUCGCCCGGCGGCUUCUACGCCCCGCCGCCCCACCCGCGCGCGCCCGGGUCGCCCCGCAGCACCGGCGACGCGGCGGCUGCGGCUUCUGGCGGCGCAAUCGGCAGUGGCGGACCACCCAGCAGGCAGCCGCUCGUGCCUCAAAUUCCCAAGCACAUCGCCGACGCGCCGCAGCGCCGGGGACGCGGCCGCAAACCCGCGGUUCCGCCGCCGCCGGCCGCGCUGCUCUCGGCCCUGGCCGCCCAGCGGACGCUCGCGCCCCUCCCCUCCCCUCUUAUGCUCUCCACUCCGGGCAGCGCCGGCGCACCAAUGACGUCGGCGGCACCGAUGCCCCUCACGUUCGCCAGACCGCAGCUGCCCGUGGCGAGACCACCGCCGGCCACACCCGCGCCGACGCCGACGCCGACGACCUCGGGCGGUCCCCAGCAGCUGCCAACCGCCGCCGCGUCGGCACUGCCGACUUCGCUUCCGCGCACGCGACCUCCGCCGAUACCGACGCCGGCGAUUGCGACGACGACGGCCGCAACAACCACGACCACCGCCACCGUCGCUGCUGCGGCCGUCGCUCCGUCGCCACUGACUUCACCACCGCCAGCGCCGGUCACAUUCGCCGCGCCGGUGGCCCCGGCGACAACAGCCAAAGCACCAGCACCGUCGUCGUCGUUGUCGUCAUCGUCAUCAUCAUCGUCAACGACAUCAUCAAUCCCACCAGCGCCGUCGUCGCCAGCGUUUACGGCACCUUUGCCGUUGUCGACAUCGUCGUCGCCGUCGAAGCGGAAACGGCAGACGCCGCGCAAGCGUAAGAUCGAGGCCGUCGCCACGGAGGUGAUCGGCCACUCCUCCAAGGCGCCCCGCACCUCGGCUCACCCCACCCCCUCCAACUCCACUUCCUCGACCACCACCGUCACCAGCACCGCCGCAGCCUCCGCCGCCGACACUCCACUCGAUUCCGCCGAAGCCCUCUUCGCGGCUGGCGGGGAGGAGAUGAUGGUGCUCGACGACAGCUUCUUUGAGAUGCUGCUCAACUCGGACCUGCCGGAGAAGCUGGCCGAGCAGAUCAACCGCAACCUGCGCAGCGAGGCCGAGCAGCAGCAGCAGCAGCAGCAGCAGGCGCGGGACCAGGAGCGGGAGCAGGCGCGGCUGGCGCGGGAGGCCGAAGCCGCCGCGCUCGCCGCGCAGGAGCCGACCAAGACGAUCGAGGAGAUCGUGGAGGCCGUCACGCACGGACCGGCCUUCGAAGCCCUCCUCAGCCAAUGGGACGCGGAGAUACUGGACGACGAGGGCGAGGGCGAGGACGAGGACGAGGGCGAGGCGGUGGGGUCGGACCAGUACGAGGAGAUCAUCGACGAGUACGACGACGAGCUCAGCAUCUCCGACGACGACGAAGCAGACACGGAAGACGACAACCAGCACAAAGGCAACCACGGCGGCGACGCCGCAGCAACCACGGCUGCCGCGGAAGAGGAGGAGGACCACGGCGGCAAAGUCAUCGCCGAGGAGGACGAAGAGGAGGAAGCGGGCGCGCCGCCGACGGCGCCGUCGUCAGGCGGGCGAGAGCGGGUGACUCCGGCCGAGAAGCUGAAGAGUCUCGACCUCGACGCCUUCCUCAACACCAUACAUGGCCCCAAGCAAUGA